AAGCAUAUUCAGAGAAUUUUAUCAAUCCCCAUUAUGCAUACUGGGUAAAUUUUGCUGCUCCAGGGCUUUUCAUGCAUGUCCCUUGAUUGAGAGUAGCGCGGGGCAGCCUAAUGCCCCACUACUACCUAUCUAAUGCCAGCAACAUGAAAUUAUCGAGGGAGAUAAGACUAUUAUUUUUCCCCUCGAUUGAUACACAAAAUAUUCUUGAGCAGUGAAAAUCUAUUUUGCAUAUUUAGUAUCAAUUUAUAAUUAUUUCUACAAAAUACCCACCAUUGCAAUUGAACCUCUGUCCGCCAUCCUUUCUAGCGACUCCGGCACAGCUUGACCUGAUAUCAAACUUCAAUUAGUGCCUCUCCUCUCCACAAAACCAUCUUUCCCCCAACAAGCAAGAUGUCUGAAGAUUUUCCUGUGCCAGACACACGGGUUCUUGCUAUAGCCAGUCAUGUAGGGGAACCAUUCUCAACACGACCGUCGCUGAACUAACAUCCUCUGCUCAAGGUCGUCUACGGGUGAGUCUCAUGAGUCACAACCUCACUCCAUGCAUGCAUGCGCACAAGUCGACUAAGUCAUAACGCUACAAAAGAUAUGUCGGGAAUACAAUGGCUACAUUCGUGAUGCAAUCUCUAGGAUGCGAAGUCGCUGCUCUGAAUACAGUACAGUUCAGUAUGUUCUGGAUACAAACCUCACAUUUGCAAUUACUGUCGCGGAGAGGAUAUGAAUAUCUUGCUGACUGGUUUAUGUAUGAAAGGCAAUCAUCUAGGUUAUGGGCAAGCGAAAGGGACACGCGCUUCCGCGGCCGAAAUAUCCGAUCUCUAUCAAGGUCUCAAGAACUCAUACCUCGACGAUUUCAAUAUGAUGCUCUCGGGCUAUCUGCCUGGAGCCGCCUCGGUCGAAGCCGUCGGCUCCAUAGCUCGCGAUCUGAAAUUAAAAAGUACAAUGAAGCCGGGAAGUUUUUUCUGGGUUUUAGAUCCUGUGAUGGGGGAUAAUGGGAAAUUGUAUGUGGCAGAGGAUGUAGUGCCGGCAUAUAAAACAUUAAUCAAAGAUGCGGAUUUAAUUCUGCCGAACCAGUUUGAGGUUGAGUAGGCGUUCCCAUUCCAUUCUUUCGCUGCUAGUCCUAGGAAAGAUCACAUUGUGCGCAACGAUGGAGUAUGUAUAAGUGUUUCUGCUGACUCUCGUAGAACAUUGUCCGGAGUCAGGAUUCAGGAUAUGGAAACGCUUAAAUUGGCCAUCACGACUUUACACGAAGUGUAUAGAAUCCCUCAUAUAAUGGUAACAUCGAUUUCGCUUCCUUCUCCCGGGGCGGAGCCGCAUCUUUCCGUCGUAGGCUCAACCAUGACAUCGACGGCCGAACCUAGAAUUUUUAGCAUCAAGAUACCGGCGAUUGAUUGUUUCUUUAGUGGAACGGGAGAUAUGUUUGCAGCGCUCAUGUUGGUGAGGUUUAAAGAGGCAGUGUGUAAGGUGGAAGGACUACUGGAAAAAGAUGCGUGGAUUAGUGAUGAUGAGGUCGAGGCUACGGAUUUACCCCUUGCGAGGGCUACGGAGAAGGUUUUGGCUAGUAUGCAUGAGGUGCUUGCGAAGACGAAAAUCGCGAGAGAUGAGGAGAUUGAGAGGUGGAAGAAUGUUGUGGGUGGAAGGGGGAAGGAUGAGGAUGCUAAAAGGGAGGGAUUGGUUAGAUCGAAGGCGGCCGAGGUAAGAUUGGUGAGGAAUGUGCAUUUCCUCAAGAAUCCGGUGGUGAGAUUCAAGGCGGAAAGUGUGUAGAGCUCAGCAGGAACAAAUCAGGGGCAUGAAUAAAAAACGAUAUAGAUGUAUGCUGUAUGAUAUGUAGACGGCGAGAAUUUCAUUAUUUUGUCUAUUUUCUUCAUGAACUAUCGUCUCUAUUCCUUCGAGUAUACAUAGCACGGUAUAUCUCAUCCUCAACUUGCCAACCCCGCCCCCAUUCACUCCCUACUCCUCACAAUCUAACCAGUACUUCCAAAACCCCCCUCACCCCUCACACUCUCUUCCAAAACCAAGACUUCCGUGACCUCA